AUGACCGCACAUGGCAGCUUGAAAGGACGAGGGGGGAAACUCGACGGCCUGUUUCAUAGUGAAGAGGAGGACAUCGGCGCCCAGAUCAAGGUUCUUGGCUCAUUGUCCCAAUCGAUUGACGAUUUUUUCGCCACGGAUUUAGAGCUCCACUACGAGAACGUGGACGAUCUUAAUGGCUCUUACACGAUUGAUAGCGCGAGCUCAUACGCUGGCCCGAACGACGUGCACAUCGCAGCUAAGAAUAAUGGAGGGAAGACUGUUUCCAUCCUUGGCCCUAUCGGCGCGCAUACUCCUUCGAAGAAGGCAGUCACUGGCACUCUCCGUUUGGAUACUGUUGUAGAAUAUUGA